GUCUUUCUGCAUUAUCAGCAGAUCAUCCUGGAGAAAGAGAGACGAAAGCACGGCAAUGACUGGAUGCAGGCCUAUUGGAUGCCAACGGAGGCCGACAAGGGCACUAUUGCCUUGCGGCGGUGGCUUGAUAAGAACGGUGGCAUCGCCUGGAGCCCAGGUGUCGACACGGACAUGGCAGCGAUGCCUGACAAGCACCUGCUUUUCGACACCUACAAGACGCAUACGUCCCAGUGCACAAGCUGCCAGAAAGCCUUGAGGUGGACUAACAGGCUGAACAAGGUGUUCAAGUACUCGGCCUUGGCGUGCGUUUCGGCAGGCAUUGUGGGCACGGUCUCCUGGCCCUUGGUCGCCUCGGGGGCGGCUUUGGGUGGUGCGACGUUGGCCACCGAAAAGGUUCGCAAGAUGUUCUACGAGGUGCCGUUCCACCAUCAAGACAACGACUAA